UCACAGCGCCAUGACUCCGCCCCUCCGGCAGAAGGAGCGGAAGUUCCGUUGUGACCUGGGAUAGCAAGCGCACUCCUCACAUUGUAUGUGUGGCAACAACAUGUCUGUACCUCUGCUCUCUGAAGCCGUGACCGUGCCUGGGACGGAGAAGGAAACGGCUGUGGUGAUCUUCCUUCAUGGCUUGGGCGACACAGGACACGGCUGGGCUGAUGCCAUGACAUCUAUUCGACUGCCAUACAUCAAAUACAUCUGCCCGCACGCACCCCGAAUCCCUGUAACACUCAACAUGAAGAUGACUAUGCCUUCAUGGUUUGAUCUGAUGGGCUUAAGCCCAGGAUCACCGGAGGAUGAAGCAGGGAUUAAGAAAGCAGCAGAGAACAUAAAGGCCAUCAUUGAUCACGAGGUAAAGAAUGGUAUCCCAUCCAGUCGUAUCAUUCUUGGUGGCUUCUCUCAGGGUGGAGCUCUCUCUCUCUACACCGCUCUGACCUCUCAGCAGAAACUAGCGGCCGUAGUUGGACUUAGUUGUUGGCUUCCACUUCACAAGACUUUCCCACAGGCUGCAAGUGGGAGUGCAAACAAGGACACUCCCAUUCUGCAGUGUCAUGGCGAGAUGGAUCCCAUGAUCCCGGUGCAGUUUGGGGCCUUGACGGCAGAGAAGCUCAAGAACAUCGUUUCUCCACAGAAGGUCACCUUCCGCACCUACCCGGGUCUCGUGCAUAGCUCCUGUCCUCAGGAGAUGUCUGCUGUGAAGGAAUUCAUUGAAAAGCAGUUGCCCCGAGUCUGACCUCAUUCUAGCUCACUGUGACCCUUAGACACUGACCUCUCACCUCCGACCUGCCAUUCUCCCACAGGAAACAGCCAUGAUCCCCUACAGCGUGACAUGACACACAUGAGCAUGCACAUUCAGUACAGUACAUACUGUGAACAUGCAACACAUGCAUACCAUGUCAUCUCACACCUUUGUUUGUAAUUUCAUACAUCAGUGGACAUUCAUUAAAAAGGUGAUAUUAAAAGUGGCAUCCGUACAUACAGAACUAUUCCAUGCAAUUCUUUUUUGCCUUUUCUCUAAGGGAGACUCAUUAACUUUUAUUAUACAUUCCUGAACAUGUUACAUCUCGAACCAUAAUCCACUAUCUCUCUCCUCUACUCUUCUGUCUCUUUCUCUCAAUAAGCAAGGUGGUAAAGGUAACAUUUUGAUUGAAAGCUCUGUAACAGAACUUGGGAGAGUUCAGAUGCUGCAAAUCUGUGGUGGUGGAGGAAGUUAGUGAGAGCCCGGUGCCGUCUGGAGUGGCUCUGCAUGCUGUCCCACGGUGCAUGCCUGUGGUGGGGCUGCACAUCAUACUUGUGCUCAAUUAUCUUUUGUUUUUUUACUAGAAAUAUGAGAAAGGCAAGCAAAAAUGGCUCAAAUAAACUGCGCAAAUGAAUCCUUCAAAUUUUCCAAUAUGCUUUGUUCUUCUAAAACAAUUCACAGAAUGAGAAAACAUUAUUUAAUUUGUGCCAGAGUGAAAUCCGGCAACAAUCCUUUGAAUCUAUAUCCAAAAUGAUGAAACUGUGUAUUUUUUUUAAAAUAACACAAUAUAUAAUAAACUUAUUUAAAAUAAACAUGUUAGAAUAAAGACACAUAACCAGCUUUAGAUUUGAGUAUUUUAUUGUAUAACAAUCAGCGAUACUAAGCUCUUGACAUCACUUACUAAAUAUAACCAGAGUGAAUCACUCCAGACGGCCAAUAAUAUUUUCCAGUUGCUUUAAAUAGCUUCCUCAAUCCUCCCUAAUUCCCUGUCCACCUCGUAACCACCUCGUCCCUCACUCACAUGCCCAAUCACAUUCUAGUGUUCUGGGGUCUCAGAUUGCAAAUGUAUAUACAGUUCAGGUUCCAUAUUAAUGCAUAAAAGUAUUGUUUACUGACAUGACCUAAUAAUAAAAGAAGGAAGGUCACAGUUACGCAGCAGCGUAGUUGAUUAAGCCUGCUGAUAUUAAAGAAGUAAUCUUGAUUAGCUAUUAAAAUGGAAAGAUGAGUUUGCGAACAUGGUUUGCUAUAGUCAUUUCUCUCACAGUUUGCUUGUAAACAUUUGAAAAUGGAUUCAAAAGGUUUCUGUGUGAUGAUAUCUAAACAAGUUGUUUGCAGAGUAGUGAAUGUUGCUUUUUUAAUCUUAAAUAGAUGUUCUUCGGUAUAUUAUUUCAGUGUUAUUUUAAUCUUACUGAGGUCAUUUGAAUUCCAUGUUUUCUUAACUCUCAUGAUCCCCUGUUUUAUAAUUGGCAUUAUUCCUUAUUAUUAGUUAGAAUAAUUUCUUGGCUUCAGAUAGGUGUCCUAUAUGCCCCGUGGCUUGAAUGUUUGGUGUAUGAAUCAUGGGCAUGUCAGGCACAAGUCGGUCAGCAGAAACUGGCAAUAUCUUUGGGUUUAACAGUGAACUUCUAAGUUAAUGUCCACCUGAGUUGUAUUAUGUUGUUCGUUUUUGUUUUGUCAUUUGUGCUCGUUUAAAAAAAUCUGUCAUGUUCUUUUGUCGUUGUCUUUUUGUUUGAAGUGUACUGAGGGACAAUUGGUUCUUCAGAAACUUUACCGAAACACCUGUAUGUGAAAUAAAUGAUGCAAAUCACAGCAAA